AUGACCUUGGAUGUGGUUAAACCUUUAAUCAGAAAACAGUUAGUUUCGAAAAAGCUAUUAUAUAAACCAUGUGCUGUCGUUAUUGGAAGAAGUGGAGCUGGAAAAACGACGUUAAUUAAUGCUAUUUGUCGAACGCAACACGAAUUGAGUACAAGAAAAGGAAGUAUCUCACGAAAUCUUUAUCGUAAUGAUGUUGGUUGUGGUAGAAAUAUGUUUUCUUUAAUUGAUAUGCCUGAAAUUGAUAGUUCACCUGUAACAUAUAAACAUACGUUUUUGUUAAGAGAAGCAUUAUCAGCAACAAAAAUCAAUACAAUUUUUAUUGUUAUUAAAUAUGAUAGUCGAUUUGGUAAAAUGAUAGAAAAUUAUUUUGAACUCGAACAAUUAGUCUAUAAUUAUGGUAGGAAAAUUAUUGUGAUCAUCUCUCAUUGGGAUCAAUCUAAAAAUCCACAAAAGAAUUAUAAAGCAAUUUGUAACUUAUUUGAAGAUGAAUGUCCGAAUGUAACAAAUUUAAUUUUUUAUUCCGAACAAAAUUAUGACACAGAAGUAGCAAAUUUAAUGUACAGCUGCAUAUCCAAUAUGAAAGAAGAAAGAUUAAAUAUAAAUGAUGAAAAAUUCUUUUUUAAAUCUAAUAUAUAUCAAAUGAAAAGUCAAACGAAAAUCUUAUUCCAACAAUAUCAAAGAAAAGCAAAUUUGCUUGAACAAGAAUAUACACAAUUGAUUAAUUCUAUUAAGUCUUCAUUUGUUGAAGAUAAAGAUGAAGCUUUACAUUUGAAUAUAGUUCAAUUCAAAAUCGAUAUGGAAGUAUUAUUACAAGAAUUUCAACAACAACAUGGUAAUGCAAUGAAAGAAUUAGAUUAUUAUGUAUUUAAUAUUAAAAUGGAGAAGGAAAAUGUUAGAAUUUAUGAUGAAUUUCUUGAAAAAGUUGUACCAUUAAUGUCUUAUAAUUUAUUUGAUAAUCAAGAUCCUCGAAAUUUAAUCAAAAGAUGUCCAAAUUGUAAGUUGAUUUGGUUCAAAACGGAAGGUUGUGAUGGAGUCACAACAUGCGGCAAUAAAAUCUUUACCAAUCAUCAAGAUGUGAAGAGCAAAGCUUUUUGGAAAUAUAAUUUGCAACGAAUCAAUGGAAAACUUCAAUUGGUCAAAAACAAUAUGGAAAUAAAGACGCUGUUAAAAGCAAUGCAUAUCAAUUCAAAUUCGAACCGGAUAGGUUGUGGAAUCGAGUUUAAAUGGAGUGAACUUCCAAAAAUAGAAGAUCAUUUAAUUCUUCAGUUAUUCACAGUAGAAACAAUUGACCAAGCCAAACAAUUAAUUCACGCUGGUAGUUACAGAGAACCUUGA